GGCUGCCCCGUUUCCUGGUGCAAGCCUAGUCUUCGUUCCCUCGCUUUCCCUACUGUGCUUUCACGCCUGCAGCUGCCUCAGUCUUUCUAGAUUAGCCGGGCCAUCUCCCAUCUUUCCGAUUCGGCCCUGACCUAUAUCGUAGCUCGAUCCAGGGCCGCGGAUUUCAUUUCCGCCACUACCUUGGUACUUCCGGAAUCUGCGGAAACGAUCCGUUGCCAUGGCGGCUAUGUACACAGUUCUGCGGCGGCGAGAUUCGGCUUGCAGUCGCUGCACUUGCAGCGGUCGGGCGGCGGGAGGACCACUGCCUCCGGAGCAGUGAACGGAUUCACGCGCCGCCCGGGUGGGGAGAAGCAGGCUGGAGAGGGGAGUGUACGCUGAGGCGGCUGGCAGCGACCGGGAUCCGAAGACCGCUCCACCCGGGAGUCCCCAGGCUUAGCUCGCUGAUCUGUGAAACCCGAGCGGAGGAGGGGUCGCGGCAUCGUGGGCGCCCUUUCGGGCUGGCUCCGGCUUAGGGUCUUCGAAUCUAACGUUCCCUGGCCCCACGAGGGUUCUGCGUCGCUGCCGAGGUUGAGAGGGCACGAAGUGGGGGACCAGAGGUCUUCUGGACCCUUCUGUAUUCGUCAGUUUUCGAACUGGAGGGGGCUUCGGGAUCUCCAGGUCGACCCGCUCGCUUUACAGAUGAGGAAACCGCUCCAGAGAGGGACAGGAAUGGCCCCAAGGCCAACUGCCACCCACACUCCACGCAGGGGUCUGGUAUGUUGGAUGAGGAAAAGGGAGGAGGCCCGAUCUGCCUGGAAUUGAGGCCGGGUGGAGAUUCAGCCGUCCUCUGACUUCCAGCCAUGACCAUCACUACCAACCACCAUUUCUCCAGUUCCUGCUCUGUGCUGGGCACUGUUCUGGACAUUGAGGGGGGAUUCAAAAGAGAUUAAAGCACAGUUCUGUCCCUCAAGCAACUUGUAAUUUAAUUUGAGACCGGAAACCCACUCAAAUGAUGCGGCGUAAGAAUGGUAACAAGCAUUAUUUCACUGGAAUGGGCACUAGGAAAAAGGUUCAUGCGUUUGUCCGUGUCAAACCCACCGACGACUUUGCUCACGAAAUGAUCAAAUAUGGAGAUGACAACAAAAGCAUUGAUAUUCACUUAAAAAAAGAUCUUCAGAGAGGGGUUGUCAAUAACAAGCAGACAGACUGGUCGUUCAAGCUGGAUGGAGUUCUCCACAAUGCCUCCCAGGACUUGGUUUAUGAGACAGUCGCAAAGGACUUGGUUGCUCAGGCCCUCGAUGGAUACAAUGGUACCAUCAUGUGUUAUGGGCAGACAGGAGCUGGCAAGACAUACACCAUGACAGGGGCAACUGAGAAUUACAAGCACCGGGGGAUCCUUCCUCGUGCCCUACAGCAGGUUUUUAGGAUGAUCGAAGAACGCCCCACACAUGCCAUCACUGUGCGUGUUUCCUACCUGGAAAUCUACAAUGAGAGUCUGUUUGAUCUCCUGUCUACUCUGCCCUAUGUUGGGCCGUCAGUCACACCAAUGACCAUCGUGGAAAACCCUCAAGGGGUCUUCAUUAAGGGCUUGUCGGUCCACCUUACAAAUCAAGAGGAGGAUGCCUUCAGCCUCCUUUUUGAGGGAGAGACCAACAGGAUUAUAGCCUCUCACACAAUGAACAAAAACUCAUCCAGGUCACACUGCAUUUUCACCAUCUAUGUGGAGGCCCAUUCACGGACUUUAUCAGAUGAAAAGUACGUCACUUCCAAAAUUAACCUGGUGGAUCUAGCAGGCUCAGAAAGGCUGGGGAAGUCUGGGUCUGAGGGCCGCAUGCUGAAGGAAGCCACCUACAUCAACAAGUCGCUGUCAUUCCUGGAGCAGGCCAUCAUUGCCCUCGGGGACCAGAAGCGGGACCACAUCCCCUUCCGCCAAAGCAAGCUCACCCACGCCCUGAAGGACUCGUUAGGGGGAAAUUGCAAUAUGGUCCUCCUGACGAACAUCUAUGGAGAAGCUGCCCAGUUAGAAGAGACGCUGUCUUCACUGCGGUUCGCCAGCAGGAUGAAGCUGGUCACCACAGAGCCCGCCAUCAACGAGAAGUAUGAUGCUGAGCGAAUGGUGAAGAACCUGGAGAAGGAGCUGGCGCUGCUCAAGCAGGAGCUGGCCAUCCAUGACAGCCUGGCCAACCGCACCUUUGUGAACUACGAUCCCAUGGAUGAAAUCCAGAUUGCUGAGAUCAACUCCCAGGUGCGGAGGUACCUGGAGGGGACGCUGGACGAGAUUGACAUCAUCAACCUCAGACAGAUCCAGGAGGUGUUCAACCAGUUCCGGGUGGUGUUGAGCCAACAGGAGCAGGAAGUGGAGUCCACUUUGCGCAGGAAGUAUACCCUUAUAGACAAGAAUGACUUUGCCGCCAUCUCCGCCGUCCAGAAGGCAGGGCUUAUGGAUGUUGAGGGCCACCUCGUGGGUGAGCCUGAUGGACAAAGCUUCGGACUCGGGGUCACGCCUUUCUCUACCAAACCUGGGAAGAAACCCAAGUCCAAGAAGAUGUUCAAAGAACAGCUCGGCUCCUCAGGAAGAAAGGAAGGUGCCGGCAGCCCUGUGAGUGGCAAGGAUUUGGAGGUCUCCAUUUCCAAGACCCAGGCGACCCCAUCGUCCAAGGAGGGGGAUGUCAAAGACUUGCCCCUGCGGGACCGGGAGACCUCCAGCUCUGAGCCCCUUCCCUUAGACUCCCCAAAGGAGGAGUGGCGCCCACCCAGGCCCAGUACCCCACCCCCCAAACCUGUGGCCUUCGAGGACUUUAAGAACGAACGGGGCAGUGAGAUCAACCGCAUCUUCAAAGAGAACAAAUCCAUCUUGAAUGAGCGGAGGAAAAGGGCCAGCGAGACCACGCAGCGCAUCAAUGCCAUCAAGCAGGAGAUGGACCUGACCAAGGAGGCACUAAAUUUUCAGAAAUCAAUCCGGGAGAAGCAAGGCGAGUAUGAAAACAAGGGGCUGAUGAUCAUCGACGAGGAGGAAUUCCUGCUGAUCCUGAAGCUCAAAGACCUCAAGAAGCAGUACCGGGCUGAGUAUCAGGACCUGCGUGACCUCAGGGCUGAGAUCCAGUACUGCCAGCACCUGGUGGACCAGUGUCGUCACCGCCUGCUCACGGAAUUUGAUAUCUGGUACAAUGAAUCCUUCUUCAUCCCUGAUGACAUGCAAGUGUCCCUGAAGCCAGGUAGCAGCAUCCGGCCGGGCAUGGUGCCUGUCAGCAGGCUCGUAUCUCUGGGAGAAGAUGACCAGGACAAGUUCAACCAGCUGCAGCAGAGGGUGCUGCCUGAGGGCCCCGACUCCAUCUCCUUCUACAAUGCCAAAGUCAAGACAGAACAGAAGCGCAAUUACUUGAAAACCAUGAUGGGCCUCCAGCAGGCACACAGGAAAUAGGGACUCGUCGCCAGUGCCUUGAAGGAUGAGACUCCUGGAAACUCCCACCUGCUCUCGUGGCGCUGCUGACCCACCUGCCCGGAGCUCCAAACGCCCUGCUCCGAGGCUGCUCCAAACGCCCUGCUCACGAUAGCCUGCCUUCCGACGGCAACAUCCUUCACCCGACACCCUUGCUCAUCCUCACAGAAUGCUUGGGGUUUCAGUUCACUGUCGUAUGCAGGGACAGGAUAAAAUCACUCUCUAGUCUGUACUUUUGAUGUUCACUCAAAAACUUGAUUUUAUUUCCUGUCCAGGAGGAUGUCUUCCCUGUGUACAGGUGGGGUCAGAACUGAGUCUCCAGGAAGAAGGUGAAAAAGUAGUUCAGCCGCCCUCCUACUGGCACGGCUUUCUCCCACCGGCCAGCGCCUUUCCUUCCCUGGAUGGACAUCCUGGGGGUGAGCUGGCUGUAAGGAGCCCUGGUUCUCACAGGUCCUUCAGGCUGUAGGUUCCCUGAGCCAGUGAAGGCAGGAGGCCCUUCUUCCUCAGCUACCAGAAGAGGAAUGGGUCUUGGUGAAAAUGGCUGAAGGGCAGAUUUUCAUUUCACAUAAGAAGAGGCUUAAAAUGAGAGCCAUCUUACCAUGAUGUUAGCAGCAAGAGCCCCACAGUAGGAGGCUCUCUGGCAAGGAGGUUACAGACCAUGCACUGCAUAGAAGGUUGAACUGGAUGGCGCUGGUCCAAAGACCCUGUGACUCUGACUUCAGCCUGUCAGUGAGCAGAUGGAUGGGGGUUUGUAGAAGAAAGUAGAAAGGUAUCCUUGAGGUCAGCCCCUUUCUCUUUCACUGACUGAUACACAAUGAUCCUAAAAGAGCUUUCAGAGACCUCUACUAUGCCAAGGCUUCACAGAGCAGUGCCCCAACUUCAUCCUCCUGGAUGACACACAUGGGAACUGUCACAGCCCAGAACUAAUGGUGUGCACUCAGCCCUGUUGGUCUGUCCUCAUGUUUCCUUCAAUUGCGGCCAAAUGGACAAAUUGGCCCAGGCUCUGCCUACCCUCCCAGCUAGUGGAGGCCUUAGGCAGAGAGUUCUGGUUCUUUCCUUCCUUGGCUGUCCCUGUCCAACCAGGACUUGUUGGGGGUUCCCAGGUCUCUGGAACAUCUUGGGAAAUAGGACACGACAAAGAGGUUACAUCAUCUUGUUGGGGCCACCGGAAGCAACUGUUUUUGGCAUAACGAGUCCCCCUUCCCCUCAUUCCCUGAUGGCACCGCUGUGCUGGACAUCACUCCAUAGGAUUCCUAGACAGCCAGUCUCAGGGCUUUGUCAUGGCAGUUGGGCACAUUCGUCUUUAGCUCAUUCAUUACCUUGUAGGCCUCUUUGGCACAACGUGAAACAGGUCGUCAUGAGCAUGGGCCCAGCCACAGGAAUAAGCCAGGAUGGCGCUUGGUAGAUCACCCUUCACUCGAACUCCUCACAGGAGCAGAUGCUUCCAACAUGAGUGGGAGCUAGGGGGCAUCAUGUCCACUCAAAUGGGCUUGUUGUUCUAGAAAAUAGUUCCUGAGGAGCUAAUCUGACCCCUAAAAUCACCCCUGAGGGGCCUUCCAAUUUCAUCAUGUGACAGAUAAGAUAACCUGACAAUACUCUUGCUACAAACAGAAAUGCUGGCUCAAGUAGAAGUUUUUAUUUUUUAUUAUUUGUUAAAGGUUUUAUUUGACAGAGAGAGAGCACAAGCACGGGGGGUGGCAGAGGGAGAGGGAGAAGCAGGCUUGGAGAGUCUGAUCUGGGCUUGAUCCCAGGACCCUGGUCUCAUGACCUGAGCCGAAGGCAGCCGCUUAAUGACUGAGCCACCCAGGCGCCCUGAUCACAGAUUUUUUAAAAAGCAGAACGUCUAAGGGUGAAAAAAUGUUCUAAAAGUUAAAAUGACAGACUAGAAACAGCAAAAGAGAGAAUUAAUGACCUGGAUGUUGGAUCUGAAGAAGAUACUUGGAAUAGAGCAUAGAGGGAUAGCAAGACAGAAAACAAAGUGUGGCUGAGAGACAUGGUGGACAGAAUGAGAAGCGCCAGGAUACAUGUAAUCACAGAUCCAGAGGUGAUCCCAGGGACAUCUGUCAUGUGUGCUUAUCCAGUGUCCUGGCUUUAAGUGUCUGUUCAUAUGCCAAUUGUCAAUUGCUUACAGCUAGCCUAGGCUGCUCUCCUGUACCCAAACCUGUAUGUAACAGUCACAGCUCACCUGGCAUCUCUGAUUGAAUGUCUAUAAAGACAUCUACAAAUCAGGGGUGCCUGGGUGGCUCAGUCGGUUAAGUGUUUGCCUUUGGCUCUGGUCAUGUUCUCAGGGUCUUGGGAUCGAGCCCCAUGGCUCCCUGCACAGCAGGGAGUCUGCUUCUCCCUCUCCCUCUGACCCUCCUCCUUGCUUGUGUUCUCUCUCAUUUUCUCGGUCUCAAAUAAAAAAGAAGAAGAAGGCAUCUACAAA